GACAUCGUUAGUUUUUACAAUUUUUAAAGCAUUUUCACUGAAUUUUACUUAAAAAAUAUUCCUUAAAAUGGGAGGAAAGGAGAAGAAAAAGAUAAAUUUUGAUCUAAUCAAGACAAUCGACGAUAAUGAAGAAAUUGCUGAUUUAUCUGAGGAUUCCGAUGUUGAAGUUGAAUAUCAACCAUCAAAAGUAAAACAGAAGAAAAAAGUCGAUUUUGAUUCAAAAUUCAAAUUCGUCUCGUCAGUUUCGGAAUACCAAAAAGACACUUGGGAUGAUUUGAUGUCCUUUGUGAAGCACAAGAACCGCGGAAAAGUUACGGAUAAAAUUGCCAAUGUUAUCGCAAGUCGCAAGGAAGACAGCAAGAAAAUCCUCGAAGAAGACGUCAAAGAUGAAAAAUCCGACGAAGAAAUCGAUUUAUCGGAUGACGAGCUGAAACACGAUAAUUUACGUGUGAAACAGAAAAAGGGCAAAACUAAAGUUGAUUCGACAAUCGAAGAUGUUCUCGACAAAGAUUUCUUCGAAGAUGCGCCCCAAUCGGAUGACAUCACGUCUUUUUAUCAGAUGAACUUGUCUCGUCCCUUGAUGAGAGCAAUUGGGCUUCUUGGUUACGUGCAUCCGACGCCAAUUCAGUGCGCAACGAUUCCCGUGGCGCUCUUGGGUCGCGAUAUUUGUGGAUGUGCAGCAACAGGUACGGGUAAAACGGCUUCUUAUAUGCUGCCGACGCUCGAAAGAUUGUUGUAUAAGCCGGUAACGACCGAAAGUGUCACGAGAGUGCUUGUUUUGGUCCCGACUCGUGAACUGGGAGCUCAAGUUUAUCAAGUAACGAAGCAAUUGUGUCAAUUUACGAAUAUUGAUAUUGGAAUGGCGAUUGGAGGGUUGGAUGUUAAGGCGCAGGAAGCUAUUUUACGGAAGAAUCCUGAUGUAGUUAUCGCUACUCCCGGCAGAUUGAUAGAUCAUAUCAAGAAUACGCCGAGUUUUACAUUGGAUUCUAUUGAGGUCCUCAUCCUCGACGAAGCUGAUCGUAUGUUGGACGAAUAUUUCGCCGCCCAAAUGAAAGAAAUCAUCAAAAGUUGCUCCCCAACGCGUCAAACGAUGCUUUUUUCCGCUACAAUGACAGACGAAGUCAAAGAUCUCGUUGCUGUCUCUUUAACGAAACCCGUAAAAAUCUUCGUGAACAACAACCAAACCGUUGCCUUCAACUUACGCCAAGAAUUCAUCCGCAUCCGUGAAGAUCGCGAAGACGAUCGCGAACCAAUUCUCGCUGCGCUUGUUUGUCGUACGUUCCACGAUCAUUGCAUGGUUUUCGUGCAAACCAAAAAAGCCGCGCAUCGUCUCCGAAUCCUUCUUGGCUUGUUAGGAUUAAAAUCAGGAGAGCUUCACGGCGACUUGACCCAACAACAGCGUCUCGAAUCUUUGCGACAAUUCAAAGACGAGCAAAUUGACAUCUUGAUAGCGACUGAUGUAGCUGCCCGUGGCUUGGAUAUUUCCGGCGUAAAGACAGUUAUCAACUUUGUGAUGCCAAUUUCCGUCGAGCAUUACAUCCAUCGUGUCGGGCGUACUGCUCGUGCAGGCAAAGCGGGUAUUUCGGUGUCCUUGGCAGGCGAAACUGAACGCAAAAUGGUCAAAGAAAUCAUCAAACGUGCCACGAACCCGGUAAAAAAUCGCAUAAUUCCCUCAGAAAUUGUCGAAAAAUACCGCAAAAAAGUCCAAGCCUUGGAACCGGAAAUCGAAAAAGUCUUGGAAGAGGAAAAAGCGGAAAAAAUGUUGGCACAAGCGGAACAACAACUCAACAAAACGGAGAAAAAACUGAAAGAAGAACUCGAAGCUGGCAAGAAAAACGCUCAACAAACUGUCCCGCGUCAAUGGUUCCAAUCGCACAAAGAACGAAUGCUGGAAAAGGAACGUCUUUCGCUCAAAACUGACGAAGAUGAAGACCAAACGAACGGAAAACCCAAGAAAAAGAACGACAAAAAGCCGGCGAGCAAGAAACGAAAACGCGACGACGACGGAAGCGACUUGGAAGACAACUUUUUCAAGAAACGCAAGCAACAAGGAGCUCCCAUGAAGAAGUCAAAGCCAUCAAAAACUAAUUCAGAUGCCGGAAAAACGCCAAAAGAGCUCGCAAAAGAACGCGCUCAGAAGGAAUUGGAAAUGGCGUCACUCACGAGAGCGAAAUUAAUGAAGUGCAAACACAAAGUUCGACGAUUAAAAGCAGUUGUCGAUGAAAUUCCGAACGAAAACUCAUCAAAGAAGAAAAAUUUCAAGAGAAAAUCCAAAUUUGCGAUGGAUUUGGCAGACACAAGUCAGAAAAAUGUGAAGAAAUUGAGAUACGACGCCAAUAAACAGAAGAAAAUCGACGAAAAAGUCACAAAAUUGAGUAAAGUAAAAUUACAAAACAAGGCUGGCUUGAACAAGAAAAACAAAGGAAAGCAUUUCGGAGCUCCAAAAGUCAAAAAAGACAAGUUCAAAGGCAAAAAGUGAAAAAAAAACCUUAAAAAAUCAAAAUAUAUUGGAAAAAAUUAA